AUUGCCAGAUGUCACCGAGGUAAAAGUUUCGGCAAUCCAAUCGGACAUCAGCAUUCUCUCAUCUUACAAGUAACAUCUUUGAUCUUUCAAUUUUCAUCUUUCAUCUUUGUUCCAAUGGUUCCACAUAGUGUAGUAUUGAAGUAGUGUAUUUUAAUAAUAUCACUGUGUAGUGCGCGUUGGGCUAAACCAUGCCUCUAUUUGGGAAAAAGGACUUUGGUAGAAAGUCAAAAAAGGAUGCUAAAGAAUCAGAUAAGCAGCCAUCCAUUGAGGACAAGUAUGUUGUAAAAGACCUUUUAGGAACAGGCGCCUUUUCCGAAGUGCGAUUGAUAGAGAGUAAGGAAAAUGGACAGCUGUUUGCAUGCAAAAUUAUUGACAAGAAAGCUUUAAAGGGUAAAGAGGAUUCCUUAGAGAAUGAGAUCAGAGUUCUCAAAAGAUUUAGCGAGAACGCAAAGGGUGAUGCUGGCGAGAAGAAAAUGUUUUCACACCCUAAUAUCGUACAGCUGCUUGAAACAUAUGAAGACAAAAAUAAAGUUUAUCUAGUAAUGGAACUCGUUACUGGUGGUGAAUUGUUUGACAGAAUCGUUGAGAAGGGUUCAUAUACUGAAAAAGAUGCGUCAAAUCUUAUUAGACAAGUUUUAGAAGCUGUGGAUUACAUGCAUUCUCAGGGAGUUGUCCAUAGAGAUUUAAAACCUGAAAAUUUACUAUACUACAGUGCCGAUGAAGAUAGCAAGAUUAUGAUUAGUGAUUUUGGUCUAUCCAAAAUAGAAGAUUCAGGCAUAAUGGCAACAGCGUGUGGUACACCCGGUUAUGUGGCUCCAGAAGUAUUAGCUCAAAAACCAUAUGGUAAAGCAGUUGAUGUAUGGAGCAUAGGUGUAAUAUCCUACAUAUUGCUCUGUGGAUAUCCACCCUUUUAUGAUGAGCAGGAUUCAAACUUAUUUGCGCAGAUUCUCAAGGGUGACUUUGAGUUUGAUUCACCCUACUGGGAUGAUAUAAGUGAGUCUGCAAAGGACUUUAUACGACACCUUAUGUGCGUGGAUGUUGAGAAAAGAUACACUUGCAAACAAGCUCUGGCCCAUCCAUGGAUAUGUGGUAAUGAAGCCAGCAGCAAGAACAUCCAUGGUACUGUGUCAGAGCAACUUAAGAAGAACUUUGCUAAAUCUCGUUGGAAACAAGCAUACCAUGCUACAACUGUCAUCCGUCAAAUGCAGAAACUUAUGAUACUUAAUAGCAGUAGCUCAAGUCGCAACACGAAUGCCCCAACUAAGUCGCAAAAUCAACAGCAGUAAUCGUUAUUAAAAAGGUACUUAUUAUGGCUGAGAUUUCUUAUAUAUAUUAUUAGCCAGUAACAACUCAACUGUCAUACAUUGGAGAGUUUCUUCAUUAAAUGUUUGUGAAAUGUCUUCUAUUACGAAUUUAGGAUUCAUAAUAGAAGACCUACAAUGUUAGGAUACCACUUAUGGACUUCAACGAUAGAUUUUUAUGUAAAUCUCAGCCAUGCUUUGAAUAUUUAUUAAACACAUAAUAUUUAAGUUAAAAGGAUAAACUUAUCUUGAUACUUAAAAUGCUAAUAUAUGAAGUGUUAAUUGAAACUAAUUCAUUGCGCUACAUUGAAUGACAUCAUUUUAAUAAAAGAAGUUAAAGGUGUCUAAUUAAUCAAUGAAGUAUAAUGGUAUAUUUUUAAUUGACUAGUCAGCAUGUUUAUUAAUACCGACUUAAAACUUAACAAAAUUAUUCAACUAAUAUUUUACUAAAAUUUUCUUGCGCCUUACAGUUAAUACAGUUAAUUUGAGAACUGACAAAUAUAUGCUGUUGUUGUAUGUUGAAAAACUAUACAGCCAUUUUAUGUUUACUUAAUAGUAAAGAAAGCCUUUUUAUGGCUUUAUGAUAUCAAAACUGGCUUUUUAUAAAACUAAUAUUUGUUUCCUUCGUUGUCAUAAGAAGUUUCUAUUUAGAAUCUCAUUCUUAAACACCUAAGUUCUAUAUAAAAAAUACCAAAGCUAAUUGCUAUGAGGGGUAAAUUUCCCUAAGAAGUCACUUACAACCAUUCUUCUCUAUAGAAAACUGUUACUAAGCCUCAUAGCAAUUAUUAUAAUACACAUUUGAUAUAGAACCUGGGCAUUAAACACGUCAGUUAAAUAAUGAAGUCCAUGUGAGUGCUUUACUGAAAAUGUGUAAUCAUAGCUGAUAUAAAAUUUUAAAAAUAUAACUAUUAUAUUAUAGGUAGAUUGUCUUCUCUUUAGGAUUCUAAUCUUGUUAAACUUAUUAAUAAUAAAUGGUGAUUAUCAAUUUCAAUUUUUAGGAUUGUUGCGGAUGUUAUUAAUAUAAAGCAAAUUAUCAAAUAUUGUUAACUUGAAAAGGCUAAAGAAUAUUUCAAAGGUUUUGAAUAAAACGGUGCUUCAGAAAGAACUUAAAGAAAAAUAGUUUAUAGUUUUGACAUGGGAUGUUGUGAAAACCUGAUAGUCACUGCUAGUUGAUCACAAGGCACCUAGAUGUGUAAUGUUAAAAGUGUUUAAUUUUUAAGUGUGAACUUGUAUACCUUCUUUAAGUCUUUCUGAAUUAUCCAAGUUAGAGAUUUUGUUGCAUUAUUCUUAUUGUUAUAAAUUAAUGAAAUAGGAUAUAUUUUGAUUAAAAAAUCGUUUGUUAAUUGUGUUGCUGAUGUUAGCUAAAAUUUCAUCUGCACCAUGCAUACCAGAAAAAGCUUUGUUAGGUAAAAUUGAAAACCCAUAAACUGAUUAUAUUAGAUCUGAAUUAUGUGUACUUGAUUUUUGCUACUUAUGAAUUUUAUUUGACAAUUUUUAUUGGGAUUCAAUAUAUUAUGGUACAUUUGUAAGCCCUAUAUUAUAAUCCUAUAUAUUAUAGCCAUUAAAAGGUAUAUUAUGCUUAAUGUAGAUUGUAAGUUUUACUAAUUAUUCUAAAACUGAAUCCUUCCUAUCUCUAGAGAAGAAUAAAUGAUUCAAGUAAAUAAUAUAUUCUAUUAUAUAUACCUAUUGCACUGUUGGAUUCAAUGUUGUCUUAUAAUACUCUUCUAUGACUAUAAUAGAAUUAUGCAUUUCAUCUGGGCCUAAAGACCGUUAAUGCCAUCGCUGGAUACUCCUUAGCUGAAUGAGAAACUGCUAUAUCCGUUAACAAAAAUCAUUGUUUUGUCAAGCAGUCUCUGUACUACAAGGAAACAAAAGUAAUUUGAGUAAAAAGAAUCAACAGCCGUCUAGUGACUGCCUCUUAUAUUGCAUUGUAUAGAAAGAACACAUCAGUAGGAAAAGUAUUUUUAAAUAUCUGUCUAAGACUGAAAAUAUAAAUUUUAUUAUUUGAAUCUUUAACAUAUUCUAUUCAUAUUAUCGAAAUAAAUCAAGUCACUAGGAUGAAAUAUUUAAAAAUAUCUAGGUGGGUUCACAAAAUGUGAUCAAAGUUGUGAUAAUUGUUACUAAUGGGCCUGUAUCAUUUCAAAUGUCCUACAUAGUUAAUUCUCAACUUAAUGAUUUUUUAAUGCAUUUGUUGUAGAUUCCUUCAAAUUCUGACAGCUCUCUUUUUUAUAAUAUCAUGACAAAUUAGAUCUUAUAUAUUCUGACCAUUGAAUCUCAUUUUUUCUCAUUCCUAAAUAUUAUUUUAACUAACACAAAGAAAUUGUUUAUAAUUAUAUUUUUUUAAAAUAUGAAAUUUAUGAAGAUAGAUUUGUCAAGAGUUUAUUUUGAUAUAAAAUUUUACUAUUUUCUGUAUUAAACAACAUUCCUCUAAUCUUAAUUGGUAUUUUAAAAACAUUCCAUGACUUUAAUUAUUAAAAUUAUCAUCCAAUUUAAUGUUUAUCAUAUUGUGUAUUCUAUAGUUUUUGUGAAAUUAAUUGGUGGCUCGAAUUGAUUAAAACUUUAUGGCCAUUAUGAUAAUGUCUGAAUGUGUGCCAUCAUUAAAGCCAUAUUUACUGAAUAAUAUUUUAUCUAAGUAUAAAUGUAAUUUACGUAUUCAACUUUUUUUGUUUACUUAAUCUAGUAUUAGGUUUUUGUAAAUUCUUUUUAUGUGUAUACAUUUUAUAAUUCUAUUAAAAAUGUUUAAUUUCUUUAACAAUAUAAUGCAAGUGUCUAUGUGAUUUAAUAUCUUUAAUGAUACGUUGUUUAUGUAUUAAAAUCUGUAGUUUAUUAUUGGAUAACCUUUAGCCUUGUUAUUAUUAUAAUAGCUUUGUAAGCCAUUACACGGUCUGUACAAUCAUUUGGAUAUAAGAAUUUAUCAUUUCUACAUAACCUGUAGAAGUAUGAAGAUUAUUUCAUUGUACAUUUUUUUUAAAGUAACUUGCCAAUUUUAGUAAGCACUGAAUACUGCAUAUAAACGAUUAUUUUACAAAUUUGUUAUUAUCAUUAUAUAUAAUAAUAUCAUUAGCUCAUAAUCGUGGUGAAUUAAAAAGUUAUGAAACGAAAUUAUAUAAUCACGUUUAGUUACAGAUUCUCGGUUACUACGAUGACAUGCUUAAGUUUAUUUUAUUAGACGUUUUUUCUUAAAAUAUUUAUAUCAGAAUUUUGUUUCUAGACAGCCUAUAUAUAUCUAAUACUAAAUAUAAUUAAGGACUCGCCUUAUGUGUAAUGUUUAAAUAAGAGCUGUUCUAAAUGUUCGUGAAUUCUUAUUCUGAAUGCUUUAUUUUAUUUAUAAAAUAUUGAGCACAAUAGUUUUGCAUAGAGAAUGUUUAUGGAAAGCAAUGUUGAACCCAGAGUCUCUAAUAUCACCUGCUCUAAUUUUUUUGACUGUGCCAAAACCAUAUCAUGACUGUAUUCCUUAUGUUUUUUUUGGCUAGUUACGCAUUGGUGAGUGGUUUGGUUUGCUCUUUGUCUGUAUUAUUUAUUAUGUAGACAUACCGCGCUUUGGCUCACGGCUGACACACUUAACCGUCAAUAUUUGAUUAUAUGCAAUAUUUAAGUCUCAAUUUUAUCAACUAUAUUUCGUAGAACCUAAGAUAUCUACUAGACGCCAAGCAAACCUCUCUCCCUCUCAAUGCGUAGUUCAUAAAAAUCCUUAUAUACGAGUUCCUUUCCAAAUGUUAUUUGUACGUUGUUUUGAACGUACCAAAGAUAUUUUUCGAAAAUUUUUGUGUUUGUGUUGAAAAUUAAGACAUUUUUAUUUAGCACAAUAGAUUGUAGAUUUUGGAUGUGAUUUUAAUUUUCAAAAGUUACAUUUUCUUUAUUUUGGUUGUGAUUAUUUUUCCACAUUGUGUCUGUCCGUAAGUCGAGGUGUGAAGUAAAAUUAUGGGUUAAAAUCUGUAGUGAUCUUGUGAUUUAGAUUUUAUACUUCCUGUUCUGAACAAUCAAAAUUUAUUAGUAGAUAAUAGAUAUUAGCUCUAUUUUCAAUGUCAAUGUAAAUAAAAUGCCAACUUGUUGAA